AUGGGUGAGGCACUGGAAGCUGCAGAGCGAGUCCGAGUCGUCGUCCGAGUUCGACCUCCCAACGAUCGCGAGCUCCAGCAAAAUUCAUGUCACCAUACAUUGAAUGUAGACGACGAAGGUGGGCAAGUGUUCGUGUGCAAGCGAAAAUCUGACAACGAAGUAGAUCGCGAACUUCGAUACGCGUACGACCGCGUGUUCAACGAGAAAGCCGACCAGGGCGAUGUGUUCGACUACCUUCGUGACGGUGUUCAGCAAGUAGCCCAAGGAUUCAACUGCACAAUUUUUGCGUACGGGCAGACAGGAACCGGGAAAACGCACACGAUGCUGGGGAACGACCUUGAGCACCAUCUCGAUCCAGCAACCUUAGAUCCCGAGACCCCCGAGUGCUCUCCUAACUGGGGAGUAAUCCCCCGUGCGAUUGAGAGUUUGUUUGACGAGCUUCGUUCGAUUAGUCGGCACGGCUCAGCUGGUGUCGUCCACUGUUCGUACAUGCAGAUCUACAACAACGACGUCUACGACUUGCUCCAGGAUAACAAGCAGCGCAUGAAAGACCCUUUGGCUGUACGGGAAAUGAUAAAGGGCAAUGGGAAGCAGAUCUACGUGAGCGGACUGUCUGAAUUCCGUGUCACGAAUCUCCAAGAAACGUUGCAGCUACUGAAGGCUGGCAACCGAAAUCGGACGAUCCGUGCGACAGCGUACAACGAGAAAAGUAGUCGGAGUCACGCGCUUUUGCAGCUCUCGAUCGAAGUUGAGUCUCGUGGUCUGGAGAGCGCGACGACAAUCAUUCGACGUGCAAAGCUCAACCUCGUGGAUUUGGCUGGCUCCGAGAAAUGGGACACGGACGUUGUCAUGGGUAGCGACCGCAGCAAGGAGCUAACCAGCAUCAACCAGAGUCUGUCGGCUUUGGGCAAUGUCAUAUCAGCACUCGUCAACCCAAAGCGGACGCACAUCCCGUACCGUGACUCGAAACUUACACGGUUGCUCCAGGACAGUCUCGGAGGCAACACCCGCACGGUAGUGAUCGCUACAAUCUCUCCUUCCGAAUCUGCUAUUGAUGAGACGAUCUCCACCCUCCAAUUCGCUGACCGCGCCAAGUGCGUGACGGUCCGCGUAAAAGUAAACGAGUUGGUGGACGACGCAAUUUUGCUGGCACAAGCACAACGCGAAAUUUCCAGGCUGAAGCUGUUGCUGAAGCAAAGCGGUUCUCAUCAGCAGGUAGCUGCGCUCGAGGAGCAGGUGGCACGGUUGACUAAAGAGAAGGCAGCUCUUGCCGCCGAAAACCAAAAGCUUCGGCACGCUGUCUCGAAUCUUCGCAAGGCUAUUGUAGCACAGCAUCCCAGUCCACCAACUCAUCGAAACAUCGACCAUGUCGAUGGUCGACCCCACUCAUCGACGUCGUCAUUGCAGCUAAAUCAACUGCGCCUCGAAUUGAAAGCGCUAGGAGCUGAAACACGAACGAAACCCGAGGUUUUCACAGCGUUUGCGGACCACGACCACGGUGAUGAAGAGAACGAACGGUUCGAACGAGCAGCCAAGGCCCAAGAACUUAUUUUGCAAGAGAUUCAAACUGAACGGCAUGAGCUGGAACGGCAGCUUGAGCUCCUGUCUGCCGGUGGUGACAAUCAAGAUCCAGACCCUUGCCCAAUAUGCGGGAAUGACAUCGACGACCACAGUGAUACCGAGCUCGAUCGUUGCAUCGAAGAGGAAAUGAACAUGGUCAAACAGCAGCGCGCUGCUGCACUAAGGCCAGAGCCGCUGCUUGACCGAACUCCAUCGGAGAAGAAGAUUGUUCAGCAACGUCCGAAGACAGACAACGUAACUCCGGUUCAAAGUAGAGGGCCUGGAGUUAAAGCCAUUCCUCGUUCAGCUGCGUCUGACCCGCGACUCCGUCGAGUCUCCACCUCAGCGCAUGGCAAACCUAGCCCAUAUCUCACAAACGCCGUUCGAAAGCCCUCGACUCCUCCCCAAACGAGAGUUGCUGCAAAGCCAAACAUUGGAGACAAGGGGGUGAACGAGGGAAGGCUGAAAGAAGCCUUCUCCUCCGAUACUCCUGACGAUGGUGACAGCAACCAAGCAGACAGUCAAGCGCCAUCGCUAUCACCACCACAGCAGGCACCCAUUCCAAUUCUGCGCCAAGGACACAAAGGUCUGAAAGCCUUGAAGAAAUUCCGUGCGUCGUCUCCAUACAGCGCCGCUGUACCUCGAAAGGAGAAGCGAACGAUAUCCCCAAAGGCAAAGCAUGAAGUAUCAGCAGUUCCAAGCAGACUUGAGGCAGAGGCUACCCGUCCUACCAACCUCAUCGUCAAUUCGGUGCGAGAUAUCGGGCUGGAGUUGAGCGUUUACAAGUUCCGAUACGAUUGCUGGUACAACUGCACCAUCGUGGGCUUUGACCGGAAACGGCGCAUGCAUUGCUGCCAAUACGACUGCGGUGACAAGCAGUGGCAGGACCUCUCGGGGCACAAGGUCAAGGUCAUCGGAAGAUCCGACGACUCGGGCUGA